GUCAUAAUCAAGCGACUUGUCAUGCUUUGCUCAUUUUGACAUUCCGAAUGAAACGGAUAGAUAUAACGUUACUGGGGGAAAUGUUUCAAUACAUAUUCAACGCUGAAAUUAUUUGACAUACAACUUGCUUAUCAUACGUUUUGAACCGCAAACGAAGAGGUUUACUCAUAAUGAUGUGGCUGAAGUUUACCAGGUUGACAGCCAUUGUGAAUCUACAGAUAUCUCACUAUGGCAACCUAACAACACUGAGACCUUCCAUCAGAAGUGUCUCUCAGGGCUACUCGCAUCUGGACACCAGGACUCACCGCAUCCGGCCUCUCUGCUGCAGGUUACCCCUCUUAGCUGGCCAUGCCUCCAUCACACUGACCCUGGGGCUUCAGCCCAGAAGAACUAUAACCACAGACCGACCGAGCUGGUAUGAGAGUGUUGCAGACUCUACCCCCGUAUACCUCACGGAGCAGCUCCUUGUGUCCACUCAACAGAUGACAGGUCUGCCGUGGUGGGCCAGCAUCAUGUGCACGACGCUGACCCUGCGUACAGCCAUCACUCUCCCCCUGGGAAUCUAUCAGUCCAUCAUCAUUGCAAAGGUUGAAGCUCUGCAGAAGGAGAUCGCUGUGUUGGCCCGCCAGUUACGCUUUGAGAUCUCUGUAAAAGCCAAAGAGAAGGGCUGGUCAGAGAAAACAUGCAGAUUUCAUUUCAAGAAGAACCUGAAACGAAUUGUGUCUGAGCUUUAUGUUCGAGAUAAUUGCCACCCAUUCAAGGCCAGUUUGCUGAUCUGGGUCCAGCUGCCCAUGUGGGUUUGUCUCUCACUGGCCUUGCGUAAUCUCAGCCUGGGAAUGGGACAUGUUCCCUUUGCAUCAGAUGCAGGUUUGGCAACAGGUGGCGCUCUGUGGUUCCCUGACCUCACUCUCCCAGACUCUACCUGGAUCAUGCCAGUUUCUCUUGGCCUCAUCAAUUUACUCAUCACAGAGAUAUUCGCCCUCAGACAGCUAGAGCCUUCAAAGUUCCAGAAGUAUGUGACUAACUUUAUCAGAGGAAUAUCUCUGGUGAUGAUUCCUAUAGCCGCCACAGUCCCGUCAUCCAUGGCUCUGUACUGGCUCAGCUCAAGUUGUGUUGGCCUGGCACAUAACCUGCUCCUGAGAUCCCCUCGCUUCCGGGGCGUCUGUCGGAUCCCUCCAACACGUUCAGACUCUGAAACCCCAUACAAGGACAUUGCAGCUGCAUUUGUAGCCAAAUACAUUAAAUAGAUGGAUGUGGACGUGGCUAAUUAAAUCAUCACAUCAGCUACUGAAAAUGUGAACAGAACAUAUGGAUGCCUGUGAAUAUAGUGGGGAAUUCAUCCAACAUGACACUGUAACCAAAGGAAUAUUGCAGAACAAAUGCUAGUCCGAUAUGUUUAUUAAAAUCUGCUUUUGGAAAAAAAAAUCUGAGAAGUAAAAUGUUAGGAUAAUGUUAAAUAAAAUAAAAGUUAAUAGUGAAAAAGGGAA